AACCAAUGAGACAACGGAAGAAAUUAGGAGCAUUUACCUUCAGCUGCAAAUUGUUCCCUUAUGUGACAUGGCGUCUGGUAGGAAAGUCAGUUCUUGAUCGGUUUCAAACGUUUUUAUUGUUUUUAUGACCUUUUCAUCCAAAUCGGCUUGCUGUGAAAGCCACAAACAUUUUAUAGAGACUUGCAUUGAUGGUAAUGCAUGCAAGGAAACCUCAACGGAUGAGCGAUGGGUACUUCGAGAAGCACCAAGCCCAUCCCUAUCAGAACUCGAAGUAUAGUUCAUCGAAGAGUUAUGGAUCCACUAGUGAAAGGUACGAGAGAAUUCGGGAUUCUCCAAAUGGUAAUUAUCGGUCGGACAGCCCAGAUUCUCAAUCUCCCAGAGACCGUGAUCGAUCUUAUCAAUCAAAGAGCUCCUACCUACAGAAAAUACGUGAAAAGGAGAGAGAAAAUAGAGACUAUAAAAUGUCAAGAGACAAGUAUUCAGAUUGUGCCCGAUCGCCAAAGGAUAAGCGCAGCAGAGAAUCUGAGCACAGGACCAACAAUGACAGAAACGACGAGAAGAGCAUUUUACAUCCAAUAAAAAUGUCCCAGAACCUGUCUUCGAGGGACAGGAAACCAGUACACAAUAAUUCUGUGGAUAAGAGGGAUGAUCGGGAAAGGGUUGCUAGAGUAGGUGAUUGGUCGGAGCAUGUAAGUUCGUCGGGUAAAAAAUAUUAUUACAAUUGCAAAACCGAAGUAUCGCAAUGGGAGAAACCAAGGGAAUGGAUGGAACGAGACCGAUUUAGGAGUCGAGAACGGGACAGAGAACGAGACUCGGAUCGUUGUUACAGCCGCUCCGGCACGCGGCAUGAGAAACAUUCCAACUCGCGAGCACCGAACAGCAGUAGCAGUACGAAGGAAGGAACGAGAGAUAGCGCGACGGGAAGUCGGCACUGGAGCAGUAGUAGCAGCCGAGACGACAGCGACGUUCCCGUCAAAGAUGGCAGAUCGAGAAAGCAUCCAGAUGAGAACGUGCAGUCGACACAAGACAUGGAUAUCUCUCCCGGCGAUAGCACGCCGACGUCCGAGAUAUCCUACGGGAAUAGUUCGAGCCAGCAGACGGCCGAACCAAAUACACUGGGACCUGUUUUAUUGGCAAACGCAUUGCCUCGAUUAAUUUCACACCCUAUUCACAUGCCCUCGACGCCGGGACGACCUGAAUCGUCACCGCAGAGUACACCCUCGAUGAUGCCCGUGCCCACGACCGUGACAAUAUCGAACACGCCUGGGCCUCCAACGAGUCUUGGAAGUUUACCCCGAAUUAUGUCACAGACUACGCCUACAGAUAAUUCUGAUAAAAACUCGCAUGGUUCUAUAGGUUUGCAAAGGCAGACUGUUUCUGGCGAUAGUGCAGUGCAUACUUCUCUAAGUGUAGACACUAAUCAUACAGGAACUGUAGUUGAAGGUCCACCUACACCCACACAUUCUGAGACGCCUGAUUGUUCUAAAGUCGUCUCAGUACCUGUUAGUAGUCCACCUGGCAAUCUCUCGACACUGCAGGGAAUGUCAAGCUCGUUACAAGCUUUAAGACCCCAAGGUCCUUCAAUAACACCGUCAUUGGCUAACCAUUAUAGAGAUGAUUUAGUUAACCAUGUUAGGGGAUGGCCAGCAGAAAUUUUAGAGAAACAAGCCCAAAAAUUAGCAGAAGAAGCUCACAUUAUGGGUAGUAUACAAUGUUCUAAAGUUUCCGCUGAACUCAAGUCUGCUAGGUCAAUAGUUCGUCUCACAGAAAUUCAGGCCACAUUACAAGAACAGAGAAUUUUGUUUCUUCGUCAACAAAUUAAAGAAUUGGAAGAAUUAAAAUCCCAAAAUUCAUUUAUGUCUGAUGAUUCUUAGUGGAUGAAAAUAUCACAAGAUUAGUGUUAAUAGCUAAACAUUUUCGUUAAGUGGAAAGUAUGCAUUAUUAUUUAAUUAAUUUAUAACUUCAGCCGGUGUAUAUUUAUAUUUCCUUGAAUUUGCCUUCAAGUUCAUAACUUGACAAGGCCUAUUUUGGCAUUUUAUUUAAUUUGUUAGAUACUAAAGACUAUUUCUCUUAGGUAGAAUUUAAUAUGUGACCUGUAUUAUAAUGGUUUUAUGUUUUAGAUUUAGAUAAAUUAAUAUAAUAUAGAAAUAGUUUUUUUUUCAACAGUGUAUAUUUUCAUUUGAUCUUUGUUUUAUUAUGAUGGCAUGCUGUACAAAGUGAUUUUACUGGUCGAAGUACUAUUUAUGUAUUUACGUUGUAUUUAUAAAAAUAUUUGAUAAAAUAAAAUUAUGCUAUAAACUAAUCUAUCUUGUACUCGUCACAUAUGAUUUUAGAUCAUGGGAACAGAACUGAACGAAAAUGACUCAAUCAAAUCAAAUGGAAAUAUACACAACACAGUAAAAAGCACAUUGCUCCUUCUGAAUAUAAAUAUUUUAAAGUUUGUAUUUUUUCCAAAAAAAAAAGAAAAAUAAAAAUCUAUUAAAUAUCUUGUGAUAUAAACACUGUUCAUGUUUCUGUUCUAUGUUGCUUUAAUGUAAGAAAUUUAUAAAAUACAAUUGUUAUAUUCAAUAUAAAUAAAGUUACACUAAUUUUGUACAUCCAGAUAAUUGAAUAUGACAACUGUAGGACGAUUUUAUACAAUUAUCUUGUUUACAUCUCUUUUGUAUUAUAUUUUAUUUUCACUUUUAAAAUUAUAACUUGUAAAAAAGUACAACUUUUGACGCAAAUCCUUAGUCUUAAUUUCCACAGGAUUAAGGCUCUUCAGACGUUUUAGCACAGUUUCAUUUGGCUGAGGAAAUACUUUGUAUAGUUGUCUCCAUGUAUUUGAGUGUAUGUCUGUUAUAUAUAAUCUUAUAAAAUUGAAAUGUUCCAUACAAGUAACAUUAAAACUUUUUAAUCUA